AUUGCUGGGAUGUCCUACGGAGUUUCAGCUUCCCAGGAGCCCCUGACUGCCUGUUGGUUUUCUCUGCUCAGGUUUUUCUCCUACUUCAAAGGUGUGGAGGUGACGGAUAACGCCCUGGUGAAUGUUUACCCUGUGGGUGAGGAUUACUAUGCCUGCACUGAGACCAACUUCAUCACCAGGAUUAACCCAGACACCCUGGAGACCAUCAAGCAGGUGGAUCUCUGUAAAUACGUGUCGGUCAAUGGGGCAACGGCUCAUCCCCACAUUGAGAACGAUGGCACCGUUUACAACAUCGGCAAUUGCUUUGGGAAAAACUUUGCCCUGGCCUACAACAUCAUUCGGAUUCCUCCUCUGCAGGCAGACAAGGAAGACCCCAUGAACAAGUCGGAGGUGGUGGUGCAGUUCCCCUGCAGUGACAGGUUUAAGCCCUCCUAUGUCCACAGCUUUGGGCUGACCCCAAACUACAUCGUGUUUGUGGAGACACCAGUGAAAAUCAACCUCCUCAAGUUCCUCUCCUCCUGGAGCCUUUGGGGAGCCAACUACAUGGACUGCUUCGAGUCCAACGAGACCAUGGGGGUGUGGCUUCACGUGGCAGAGAAGAAGAAAGGCAGGCUCCUCAACCUCAAGUACCGCACCUCAGCCUUCAACCUCUUCCACCACAUCAACACCUACGAGGACAACGGGUUCCUGAUCGUGGACCUGUGCACCUGGAAGGGGUUUGAGUUUGUUUACAACUACCUGUACCUGGCCAACCUCCGGGCCAACUGGGACGAGGUGAAGCGGCAGGCGGAGAAGGCACCGCAGCCCGAGGCCCGCAGAUACGUCCUGCCCCUGAGCAUUGACAAGGCUGACACAGGGAAGAACCUGGUGACCCUGCCCUACACAACAGCCACAGCGACGCUGCGCAGUGACGAGACCAUCUGGCUGGAGCCAGAGGUGAUUUUCUCAGGGCCACGUCACGGUACAAGGACACCCCAGCUCCCCCAGGCCACAGCAGCCAAGUGCUGCCUGCACACCAUGUCCCACAGACCCUCAGCAUUCAUUUAUUUCUGUUUCCUUGUAGCCUUUGAAUUCCCCCAGAUCAACUACAGGAAGUACGGUGGGAAGCCCUACACGUACACCUACGGGCUGGGGCUGAACCACUUUGUCCCAGACAGGCUCUGCAAGCUGAACGUUAAAACCAAGGAGACCUGGGUGUGGCAGGAGCCGGAUGCGUACCCAUCGGAGCCGAUCUUUGUCUCCCACCCGGAUGCACUGGAGGAAGAUGAUGGGGUGGUGCUGAGCAUCGUGAUCAGCCCGGGGGCAGGGCCCAAGCCCGCCUACCUCCUCAUCCUCAACGCCAAAGACAUGAGCGAGGUGGCCAGGGCCGAGGUGGAGGUGAACAUUCCCGUGACAUUCCACGGGCUCUUCAAGAGGGCGUGAGCACAGACAGCAACACCCGGGCUUCCUCCAGCUCCCAAAAGGUGCAGUCUCCGUUUACAGGUGACCCAAACUCCCUCCACAGCCCUUUGCCUUUGUGGGGCUGCUUAAACUCAGAUCAAGCAGUUCAGUCUUGUCAAUGAUUCUUCAAAAUGGUUAAUCAGGUAUUUUUUAAACGCAGCCUUUGGUAUCAUUUCCAGUUAAAACACAAGUUUGGGGUGUUGGAGAGGUUUUGUUUAUGCGAAAUUAAACUUUGUAGCUGCAGCAGAGUGAAAGAAGCUGAAAGAGCAGAGUAACCUGAAGGCUUUUACAAGAGGUAACAUUGUGUACAACAGGCUGUGCUCUGUCACAUGGUUGAGAAUUUUUAGCCUACACUGAAGGAUUUUGGAUUUAAACACCAUCCUGAUCAUUGCUGUGGUAUCCUCAGAGCAAUCCCAGUGCACAGCUGCUUUGGGAAUCCCAAGAGGGUGGCAGGUAGAGUUUUGUUCUUCAGCCAGGCUGCAAACUGCACACCUUCCCUUGUGUGUUUGCUCUUUUCCCUUUCUUUUGUCCAAGUGCAGUUCCUUGAUUUCUGGAUUUCAUGUUAAAACAUGGACAUGAAAAAAAUCAAGCGAUUUUGGGCUGACUUUGCUUCCUUAGGGUGCUACAGGUGUUGAGCUUAAUCCUUCCUUCUCCCAGAAUAAACUUGCAGCUGAUGUUAAAAGAGGCUAUUGUUGAAAAUAAAAACUUUCUGCCAGCA